GGGACACACAUUCUGGACACCGACUUGCCACAGGGCUUCCGUGGUCUAAACAUAAGUUAUAACGGGUCGACUGAUCCAUCUCGUCAUAUCAAGAGUUUUGAGAAUAUGGCGGUUUUGCAUCGCUAUAAUGACCCAGUGCAAUGUCGAGCUUUCCUGACGACCUUGAGGGGAUCUGCGCAAGAUUGGUUUCAUCAAUUACCAUCGGGAGCCAUCAAGGACUUUAAUGGAUUCAGUUCGAGCUUUCUCAACCAAUUUGCAAGUGUCAAACCACAAGAGAAGUCGUAUCUAACCUUGAUGGGCAUACAACAGAAAGAAGGCGAGUCACUACGAGACUAUGUGGCGAGAUACACGCGGGCGUGCGUCGAGGUGCCCAGGGCGUCGGAGGAGAUAAAGGCGGGAGUAUUGACUCGAGGGUUGCUACCGGGCUUAUGCAGAAAUUCUUUGGCAAAGCGCCCGGGUAGAACAUUCGAUGAAGUACUGGAAAGAUGUGCGAAGAGGGAGAAGAAGAGUUUUUCGACUGGGGAAAGAAAGGGGUCCCCACGAGCAAAAAGAGAAGGGCGAUCUAGGGGUUGGAGGCCGACUCAUUACACUCCUCUAGCGGCUCCCCAAGCCAGGAUUCUGGAAGUCAUGGAAAGGGAGAUUCGCGACAAUGUGGUGAGAUGGCCCAAGACGAGGAAUGACGGACCGACGAAGCCUAAAAUAUACUGUCGAUUUCAUAAGGAUUAUGGGAACAAUACCGACGAUUGCAGACACCUCAAAGACGAGAUUGAGAGCGGUAGUGAGGUCCGCCCCGUGGGUGAAGUUAGUUUGACUGUGGCAUUGGGGAGGUCGCCCUUGAGAAAGGUAAAGAUGGUCUGCUUCUUGGUCGUGGAUGCUAGUUCGGCCUACAACAUCAUACUGGGUCGGCCUAGCCUGAAUUCAUUCCAAGCAGCUGUUUCUACUUAUUGCAUGAAGAUCAAGUUCCCCGUGGGGGAUGAGGUUGGGGAAGUGACUGGAGACCAAUUGCAGUCUCGGCGGUGCUAUGAUGUCACAUUGAAGACGGCCGAGGCGCAGCAUAAGAGGAAGAAUGACAACCUGCCGGAGUGCUCCCGUCGGGAGAAGAAGCAAGAGUUGGGAAUUAGCUCCCAGGACGAACUGAUGGAAGUCGAACUGAUAGAAGGUAAUCCGGAAAAUACAACAAAGGUAGGACGUCACUUGGCGGUGGAUCUGCAAGGCGCGUUGAUUGCGCUAUUGAAGGAGUUUGUGGAUGUUUUCGCCUUUUCAGCUGACGACCUCACAGGGAUCGACCCCGGGGUGGCGGAGCAUAGUUUGAACAUUGACCCAACUGUGAGACCGGUAAAACAGAAGAGGAGGCACUUUGGUGUUGAGUUAGACGUGGUCAUUGAGGCAGAAGCGGAGAAGUUGUUGAAGGCGGGGCAUGUACAACCUAUUCAGUUCCCGGAGUGGUUGUCCAACUCAGUUAUGGUGCGUAAGGGGGAAGGAAAGUGGAGGAUGUGUAUCGACUUCAGGGAUCUCAACAAAGCUUGCCCAAAAGAUCACUACCCCCUACCACGUAUUGACCAGCUCGUCGACUCUACGGAUGGAUGCGAGUUGUUGAGCAUGAUGGACGCCUCCCAGGGGUACCACCAGAUCCCCCUGGCCGUGGAGGACCAAAAGAGGGUUAGCUUUGUGACAUCCAAGGGUACCUACUGCUACGUUUUCAUGCCUUUUGGAUUGAAAAAUGCGGGAGCUACUUAUCAGCGGUUGGUGGAUAAGAUGUUCAAAGGGCAAAUAGGGCGGAACAUGGAGGUCUAUGUCGAUGACAUGCUAGUGAAGAGCAAGAAUGCGGAUGAUCAUGUGAUGGACUUGCGUGAGACAUUGAACACUUUGCGACUAUAUGGCAUGAAGCUCAACCCGACCAAGUGUAAGUUCGGAAUGCGCUCGGGUAAAUUCUUGGGGUAUCUGGUGACGGAGAGGGGCAUCGAAGUCAACCCAGAGAAGGUGCGAGCCGUCAUCGAAAUGCAGCCACCAAGGAACUUAAGAGAGGUGCAGAUUUUGACCGGGCGCCUAGCGGGGUUGAGCAGGUUCAUCGCUCAAUCCGCCGAAAAGAGUUUUCCAUUUUUUAAGGCAUUAAAGAAGGGGUCGCGGUUCGAGUGGACGUCUCAGGCGCAACAUGCAUUCGAGAGGUUGAAAGAAUUCUUGGCCGAGCUCCCCCUACUUACAAAGUCGGAGCCUGGCGACACUCUAGUUGUAUACUUAUCAGUGGGUCACGAGGCCAUCAGUUCUGUAUUGAUAAAGGAGGAACAUGGGCAGCAGAAACCAAUAUAUUACGCAAGUCGGAUAUUGCAAGGGGCUGAGCGCCGAUACUCAGAUGUGGAGAAGGCUGCCUUGACACUCAUCUCCACUGCUCGAAAGUUGCGCCCCUACUUCCUAGCGCAUAAAGUCAUGGUGCGAACUAACUACCCACUCAAGGAUACUAUGGGUCGUCCUUCGGCCUCGGGAAGGAUGGUGAAGUGGGCAGUGGAGUUAGGCGAAUACAAUGUUGACUUCGAGGUCCGAAAAACUAUCAAGGCGCAGGCGUUAGCCGAUUUUAUACAAGAAUGCACACUGGGAGAUGAGAAGGGACCAUGGAUGGUGUAUGUCGAUGGCUCGUCGGUCGUAGGAGGAGCGGGUCUCGACAUCUUGGUGGUCACGCCCGAGAAGGAUCAUUUGGAGUUCGCGGUGAAACUCUCGUUCAGGGUGUCGAAUAAUGAAGCAGA